AUGAAGUCUAACGAAACUUACGUACUUGCCUAUGUGCGACCGGACUCGCUGUCCACGCAGACGGGUGCUUUCAUUUCAGUGAUCAGCUGCUCGAUCAUCGUGCUCUCUUUUCUGUGGAAACACAAGUGCCGUCAUCCGAAUCCAAUUAUUUACUGGAAAUCUGUCGUUGAUUUGCUCUAUGCUCUGCGCUUUCAAUUCACUUGGGAUGUCUAUAUGAAUCCACUGGGCUGCCGCGCACUCGCCACGUUUACGCAAUUCUGCACAUUCUCGUCCGAGUGCUGGUUCCUUAGUAUGUCAUUCAGUCUGUAUCAAUGCUCCACGAACCCCUUUACAAAUCUGAGACAAAAUUUGCAAUGGUACCAUGCUUUCUCGUGGGGGUUGGGGGCCUUUUUUGCUGCUUUGCUAUGGACUUCAAGUGUCGAGUUUGACCCGACGAUUCACCCGUCCUGCUUUGUUGACGAGACAGUUGAAAAUGAACUUCUUAUGUAUUACGUUGUGGUUAUUCUUGCAGUUCUUUGGGCAGUGGUCUUUGCUGUUCUGGAGACACAGACUCAUCCAUUUAAAGGCAUGAAGGAGGCGUUGGAAGCCAAGAAGGAUGUAAUACGCAGCGCUCGGAUCUUUACGGUGGCUUACAUUAUCUACCAGAUCGUCCUCAUUUCGUUCUGGAUUGCAGACGUGCUGUUUCUUAGCAAUUACCCACAUGCCCUCCAACGAGUACGUGACGCAUCUUCUUUCCUCCAAGCAGCCAAGGGUUUAAUCGACUUGGUCAUUUGGGUGGCUAUUAACGGACCCCCGCAAGUAGACUGCCGAGCUGGCCGAUUGCGUGAAACCUUUGAUACUGAUCGAUACAGCGAUGUGAACAUUGAUCUUCAGCCACAACUUAAUGUUGCGCUGCGGAAGGAGGUGCUUCAUUUUACGACGAGAGGGAUUGUAGCAGCUUCGUCAAAUACUCCAAUGGUCACUGAAGGCCGACGUGUGGUCCACCUUCGCUUGCACGAAUUGGGCAUGACUGUGUGUUUUGACGACUACAGCCCGUCCUGUUUUCGCGAUAUUCGACACGGUUUUGGCAUUAAUGAGACGCUGUAUAGGAAAGCGUUCUUGACGACGUGUCACGAAAGGCUUGAGUCUGGUGGGUCUAGUGGUGCCUUCAUGUUUUACACCGCCGACUACUCUUUCUUGGUAAAAUCAGUGACAACAAGCGAACGCAACGUGCUGUUAAAUAUGCUACCGGCUUACAUUCUAUACAUGAAGCAGAACCCAAACUCACACUUGACACGGUUCUACGGUUGUCACUCCAUCGAGAUGUACGGUCAAGUAUUUAGUUUCGUGGUCAUGGGGAACGUCAUUGGUCGUACAAGUAUGCACCAAUUCUUCGACAUCAAGGGAUCGUGGGUCAAUCGCAAUGCAAAGCCGAUUCCUCCGGGAAAAACUGUCAUUUGUACGUACUGUAGUAACGCUUUCCCGUAUGGUACGACUGAAAGCUGCGAGUAUAGCAUCCGUGGUAUUCAUCUGCCCCACAUUGUGUUGAAAGACAACGACUUCCAUCGUAAAAUGCGAGUAGAAGCAGAGACAGCUGAGGCACUAGUGCGUCAACUUGAAAGUGACAGUAACUUCUUGAGAGAGCAAGGCAUUAUGGACUACAGCUUGAUGUUGAGUGUACACAAUACAAAAUACGUGGUGGAACACUCUACAAUGGAUAAAAAGGUGCAGUCUCCGACAAAACGCAAGGUGACCUACCCAGUAUGCCAUCCCUACAGCAAUUCUUUGUCGAUCGCCACGGAUGGCGUGCGUCCGGCACAAGAUCCCAGGGACGAGGACCUGGACGAAGUUGAGUCUGGGAACCGGAGAAAGUUCAACAGGAGCUGUCGCUAUUCAGUAGUAAACCUGAUUGAGGAAAGUGAUGCUAUCGUUCAGGCUGAUACACCACUCCUCCAUGCCAACAGCUCUGUUCGACGCUAUAACUCGGUGUCGUACGGCUCGCCUGAAGUAAAGUCCCGUUUGAAUGACGAUUCUAAGUGGAUUGGCAUCAGGACUCUAGAAAUGCACGGAUACCAGGCAUCGGUAGUCGUUGGCCCGGAUUGCUACACACUUGGAGUGGUAGACAUGCUACAAACCUGGACGUGGAGAAAGCGACUGGAGCGUUUCUGGAAGACGCUUGUGCUGCGUCAUGAUCACUUGGGAAUUUCAGCUGCUCCACCCAAACUUUACGCCAAGCGUUUCCAGAGAAAAAUGCGCGACAUCUUGAUGGUAUCGUCGGCAACAGUUAGUAUGGACUCUUAA